AUGGCUGUACGUUGUCAAUUUGAGAACUCGUCCGAGAUAGGUGUGUUUGCACGCCUUACGAACACGUACUGUCUUGUCACUAUCGGUGGCUCGACCAACUUUUAUUCCACAUUCGAGACUGAGCUCGGCGAUUUGAUGCCGAUCGUGCAUUGCUCGAUUGCGGGCACACGGCUCGUUGGGCGCCUCACGGUCGGCAACAGGCACGGGCUGCUUGUACCCAUGUCGACGACUGAUCAGGAGCUGCAGCACUUGCGGAAUAGCCUUCCCGAAUCGAUUGCGAUACAGCGCGUGGAAGAACGGCUGAGUGCGCUGGGAAAUGUAAUUGCGUGUAAUGACUAUGUGGCAAUUGUGCACCCUGAUCUGGACCGCGAGACGGAAGAGAUCAUUGCAGACGUGCUAAAAGUUGAGGUGUUCCGCCAGACUGUCGGUGAUAAUGUGCUGGUAGGCACGUACUCGGCCAUUUCGAACCAGGGCGCGCUUGUGCAGCCCAAAACAUCGUUGCAGGACCAGGACGAGCUUUCGUCGCUAUUGCAGGUACCGCUCGUUGCAGGCACGGUGAACCGCGGCUCGGACUUGAUUGGUGCGGGGCUACUUGUGAAUGAUUUUGCCGCGUUUGUCGGUAUGGAUACCACUGCCACAGAGAUCAGCGUGAUUGAGUCCACGUUCAAACUCCAAGGACAGGAAGCCGGGGCGGUCGUGAAUGAGUUGCGGGAUGCACUGGUGGAUUCCUACACUUAG